AUGCGCAAACAAAAGAAGUUGAUCAAUCUAACUGAAGCAAUUAAAGAUACAACUGAUGAAGAAACACAUGGUAUAUCUGAUGCUGAUGAUGUUAGUGAAUCAUCUGAUCAACAAAAUGAAAACAAUGAUGAUUUUGAUGACGAUGAUUAUGAUGAUGUAAGUUCCACUGCUGAUCCUUCGUUUGAUGAUGAUGAAACAUCUCACAACAAUACCGAUAACGAAGAUGAUAAUAAUGAUGAUGGAAGUCGACAAGUAGAAGAUUUUUUAUUAUAA